CACUUCUCAAAUUCGCAUUUCACACGCAUACCGGAGUAUUACCUCGGAUGGUACCUCAAUAAUAAGUUUGACAAAAUCGACAACCUUCUCGAUGACAACUGUGCUCGAGCACGCCUUACUUAUGCGGUUGAACUUCGUACGGGAACCGAUUAUAAUAUCUUUGGAAUGAUAAUGAUCAGACACAUCGCACUCCCUUGUUUGACAAACCACCAGCUAAGCCAUGUCCCCAGUUGCAGAGAGGGUCCUCUUGGUGGACUCUUAUGACUCCUUCACAUUCAACCUUGCGGCUCUCUGUCGCAAAGCAUCACCAGAUUGCUGCAUUCACAUCAUCAAAAACGACCAGCUAUCCUUCCAGGAGCUAUUAUCGUACACUGAUUAUUUCUCUGCAAUCAUCGUUGGCCCCGGUCCUGGCUCCCCUGAAAAGCCAGAAGACAUCGGAGCCGCUAAUCACCUUUGGGGAGUAGACGAUUCACGCUUGGUGCCAACUUUCGGGGUCUGCCUUGGUCUCCAAAGUCUGGCUACUCAGUACGGCGGGAAAAUAAAAAGAUUACCUGUCGUUAAACACGGCCAGGUGUCCGUGGUGGAGCAUACAGGCGGAGACAUUUUCGAGGGAGUCGGUAUUGUAAAGGCAGUGCGGUACCACUCUCUCCAUGUCGAACUUAGCGGUAGCGAGGACCUGGAGGAACUCGCAUGGAGUUUCGACGACGACGAGAAGACGAAAAUCAUUAUGGCUCUCAAGCACAGGAAGCGGCCUUUCUGGGCCGUGCAGUACCACCCUGAGUCGGUCCUUACCGAGGGCGGCGGAUUCGAAGUGAUGUCCAACUUCUGGUGUCUCGCGCGUUCCUGGAAUACUGCUCGUAACCGUUCCCCCAUGCCUUGGGACAGCAAGGCAUCCUCUGUUUUCGGUUCGCCGUGGCCUAACCUACGUCUGCCAUCCAUUUCGAAACACUCCACUGAUUCGCGAACUGUACUCACGACUACGCUCCAUCUCCCUGAUUUGCAGGCGGUGACGAUAUGUGAGCUUCUCGACGUGACCAACGACAAGUCACCGUUCGUGAUGCUGGAGUCAGCUGCUGGGCCUGGUCGUUAUACUAUCAUCGGUUGCUUGCAUACAUCGUCGCCUCACAUUACCUACACCAUUGGUGACGACUUCCUGCAUUUGCAACAAGGGAAGUCCUGUUCGCGCGUCCCUUUGGAGUCUCAAGACGUAUGGUCAUGGGUAGCGGACUUCAUGAACCAAAGGAAAGCGUCUGGUGGCCUCCCAAACGUGCCCUUCUGGGGAGGUUUGGUUGGCUACCUAUCAUAUGAAAUUGGUGUUGAAGCCCUUUCGAUACCCAUAACGGCAACUGGGACGCAACUUCGCCACCCUGACAUGAACCUUGUUUUCGUGGACCGCAGCAUCGUCCUUGACUUGGAAGAUGGUACUAUCUAUCUUCAAUCAAUUUUGGAAGGCGACCAGAAAUGGCUCAUUGAUACCACUGAGCUCCUCCGCUCCGCAGCUCAGGAGCACUCCACUCCUACUAUUGUCGCUCCUUCCUCGCUGAAUGCGGGGACGAGUUUUUCCCUACCCGAUGGUAAGACUUACCAGAACCGUGUUUCCACUUGCCAGGAAUACCUCUCUUCGGGCGACUCCUACGAGUUAUGCCUCACAGCACGGACGAGGAUUACCCUUCGUGACCUGCCCCUGGUACCAUCCGAGACGGAAUCACCAUCAUGGCAACGCUACAAGUUCCUGCGUGAGCUCAACCCCGCGCCUCACGCUGGUUAUCUACGACUACAUCCAACGACAUUAGUCUCAUCGUCCCCAGAACGAUUUCUGUCUUAUUCCCGCCCACCCGGAGCAACAUUCCAGUUACGCCCAAUCAAAGGAACCGUUCGCAAAGGGCCAGAUGUCACCCGCACUGUAGCUGAGAAAGAAUUAAAGGGGAGCCCCAAGGAGGUUGCCGAAAAUCUCAUGAUUGUCGACUUGAUCCGCCAUGACCUUCAUGGUGUAGUUGGCGAGGAAGUUAAUGUGAAGCAGUUCUGUGCUGUAGAAGAAUACAGCACAGUAUGGCAGCUCGUUAGCGUUAUCGAAGGGAAGGCUGGCGACGAGGUGGACGCGCUAGACAGCCGUUGGGCAAACGGCGCACUUGGUUGGGAGUGUCUGAAACAUAGUCUUCCUCCUGGUAGCAUGACUGGUGCACCAAAGAAACGUAGUGUCGAAAUCCUUCGCACCCUCGAGGACGACGAGCGAAAUGUUUACUCUGGUGUACUCGGUUACUGGUGUGUAAGCGGUGCAGGCGACUGGUCGGUUACCAUCCGCAGUUGUUUCAAGUAUGAUGGACGCUAUGGCUGUGAGCACGCCCCUGGGGCACCGCCUGACGAUCAUGACGAAGAAUGGCACUUGUCGGAGCCCGAAAAGGAAUGGGAAGAAAUGCUCAUCAAACUGCGAAGCGUUCUCCGUGUAUUUGGGUACUCAGCUUCGCGGGAAAACUGA